AGUAAACAAUCUCUUUGAUUCCCUUUAAAGUGACUAAUGACUUAUACGUGGAUAUAAAGUAUCGCGGCUUCCCAUCUUCAUCUUGAGACAGUGGCAGGUGCGGUCAGCUGUGACCAAUUAUCGGCCUCAAUUUUCGCCCCGCAACCCACGCGUCUCCUGCCAGUUACAACUUCUUUAUCACACGAAUUGACAACGGGGUCUUGAUAUAAUUCUACGCAAAAAACAUAUAUCUCGGCUUAAUAGUCUCAGUGCAUCAUAAUGCCGCCCGCCGGAACUCCGAGGGACGAUACUGAAAAGCAGGCCGCGGCGCAGCAAGCCGUUGACAUCCUGCAUGAGAUAUCCACCAUCCUCAACUGCCAUCUCGACCGCCGCACACUAUCAAUCUGCAUCUCCAUGAUCGAGAAUGGCGUGAACCCAGAAGCUCUCGCGAACGUCGUCCAAUUUCUGCGUAAGGAAGCACAAAAGGCGGAAUUCGCACAAGAGACCGGUCGGUGAGAGAUAUAGCUCACUUGACCAGAGGAAGAAGCACGAGGCAAUUCCAAUGCAUGUCGCAUCUCCGUGGGCAUAGGUCUAGGUACAUGCAAGGUGUUUCGGAGUUUUUAUAUCAAUUUAUUCAUUCUCACUACCAGCUACCUUUACACGAAGUGACCAAACAGAUACCCCGAGCUAGCAUAUGAACAUGCAAUUAUAUAUAUAAUAGUCCAAAAUGAUAAUGCGUCACUUUUUUCUUUUCUUUUCAGUUACCCCAGUAUGCCAAAGUAUGUCUACGUAACCAUAAAACAUUCUUCCCGAACUUUUCGUCGGCGCCAGCUUGGUUAAGGAUAAGAAACGCCCCGUCUUUAUAUCAUGAGUAUACCAAUAGACCAAUUUGCAUGUUGAACCACCGUGUGACAGGUACCGCCAUCCAUUUACCUUUAAUCCUCGCUGGUAUUUCCCUUAUGCUUUCGAUGCUGUUCCUAAACGCCGUUUCAUAUAUCAUUCCUAAGCCAACCAACCAACCAAUUUCUAAUCCGUGUCAUCUAACGGUGGCCAAGUAGUUCAAAAUCAUCCACAUCAUCCUCUCCUUCCUCUUCCUCUUCCUCGUCUUCAGAGGACGAUACAUAUU